UGUGGACUGUGGUGGUUCAUGGUUGGAGGUUCAAAUCGAUGAUAAUGACGUAGACUAUUUAGACCAUGUGGAAACUGCCAGAAUGAGCUAGAGUGCCAAAAACUUGACGUGAUAAACAAUAAAACAUGGCAAAUGAAGAGCUAAUAAAAGAUAGCGAUCCUGCCAGAAAAAAAAGAUAGCGACGUUUGUGGACUGUGGUGGUUCCUGGUUGUAUACUUAGCUUGUCAAUCAAAGCUCGUAAAUGUUAAUUGUUACUCUCUUUGUUUUUUUUGUUUUUUUUUUUAAUUUUUGUCAAUUAAAAUCUUGAUACUUUUGGUACUUGCAGAAUUUUCUCAAUUUAUAUAAAAAAUUAUAGUCAUAUAUGGUCUUGUUUAAUUCGUGUUAAUUAAUAUAUUCAAUCGUUAUAAUUUUUAUUAGUAUAUAAUGAUAGAUGUUUAAGAUCAAAGAGGUGGAUUGGGAGACACGCAUAAGAAUGUGAGAAUGAUAAAGAAAAUAGAGGGAUGGUCUGUUCUCCCUAACUUAUUUUCACUUCAGUUUGGUUGCAAUCAGUUCAGUUCAGUUCAACUUCAAUUAUCAUUUUUAUUAGUUAUAAUUUAAUUCAUUUCAGUUCAGUACAGUAUAAUUGCAAUCAGUUCGGUUCAGUUACAAUCAGUUCAGUUCAGUUCAGUUGUUCUAUGUCGAACAAAAAACAGGCUCAUAGUGCUAUAUAGUGAUAGAUUGGUAGUACUAUAUACAAGUAGAGCUGGCCAUGGGCCGUGCUGGGCCUGACCACGGGCCAGGCCCGCGGGCUGAAGUGGAAUACGGGCCGGGCCAGGCCCGUGGCCCAUGAAACUCGUGCCGUGCCGGGCCGGGCUGAAAUUAUGGGAAACUUGUCCAUGGCCCGGCCCGGCCCACGGGCCUGGCGGGCCGGGCUCGUGCUCACCGCGGGCUUGGUCCAAAAAUCACAGUUUUUGAAAAAAAAAAAAUUGCAAGGCCCACGGGCUCGUGCCGGGCCCGGGCCGAAAUCUAAAAUCCCCAAACGUGCAAGGCCCACGGCCCAUGUUACGGCCAGCGGGCCGGGCCGGGCCCAUAGCGGGCUCGGGCCGGGCCGGGCCGAAAACGGGCCGGGCUCGGGCAGCCCACGGGCCAGCCCGGCCCAUGGCCACCUUUAUAUACAAGUCCACAUUACACGCCCAUAUGUCUUCAUAGUAAUCUCCAAUUCUCCAUUAGUAGUACGUACAAAUCCCCAUAUCGUUCAUCUCAAUGGCAGCUUCAAAAUCUCAAGAUGAAGAUCGAAUGGAAAACGAGUUGCAACAGCCAGCUGAACUCAUCUCCCUUCUAAAACAAACAUGGUUUGGUAUUCCAAUUCAAUUUCACCAAAGUUUUUGGUGUUCAAGUCUUCUUUUGAAAGGAGUAAUCUCAUUCCAAACUCAUUUUCAAGCUCAUGAUAAUGAUAUUAUUUUAACUAGCGUACCCAAAACUGGUACAACAUGGUUAAAAUCUCUCCUUUUUACAAUUGUCAAUCGUAAAAAAUUAUCUAAUGAUAUUUCUCAACACCCUUUCCACACUAAAAAUCCCCAUGAACUCGUCCUCCAUCUCGAAUUUCAAUAUAACCAAAACACUAAAAACAACCUAGAAAACCUACAACCAAAUGUACGUAGCAUGAAUUAUAUCGAUGGGUUUUCAGAAACGGAAUCAAAUCACUUAACCGAAGUAUCGUUACCUAGAAUAUUCGCUAGCCACUUACCAUAUAUAUCAUUGCCAAAAUCCAUUCAAACCUCAAAAUCUCGAAUUGUUUAUAUUUGUCGAAAUCCUUUAGACACUUUUGUUUCAUUAUGGCAUUUUUUCUUGGAAUUUGAAACAAGUAAGGAUAAUACUAAACCAAAUAUAGAAAUGAUGGAGGAACAUUUAGAUAAAUAUUGUAAGGGGAUAUUUCCAUUUGGUCCUUAUGAUGAUCAUGUGAUUGGGUAUUGGAAGAAGAGUGUAGAAAACCCAGAAAAGGUAUUGUUUUUAGAAUAUGAAGGGCUGAAGAAUGACCCAAAAUAUCAUCUGAAAAAGUUGGCUAAAUUUGUGGGCUAUCCAUUUUCAGAGGAAGAAGAAAAAGGGAACAUUAUAGAUGAGAUCAUAGAAGUUUGUAGCCUUAAAAGUUUGAAGGAAAUGGAGGUCAAUAAAAGUGGUAAGCUUGAUCCUUUAGUUAAAAACAAAGCUUUGUUUCGAAAAGGUGAGGUUGGAGAUUGGAUCAAUUACUUGACUCCUUUGAUGGCUAAGCGAUUUGAUGAAAUGCAACAAAAUGUUAGUAAGGCUGGUUUUUCUUCUACAUACUAUCAACCCAACCUGUAACACUGUUGCUGUUGUUGUUGUUACUGUUGUUGUUGUUGUUGUUGUUGUUGUUGUUGUUGCUGCUGCUGCUGCUGUUGUUGUUGUUGUUGCUGCUGCUG